AAAAAAAAAAAGAUUGUAAAUGUCAGUGACACAUCUGAGUUUCUUCUCUGGGAAUUCUCAAAGAUUUGGGAGCUACAGCUUAUAUAUAUAACCUUACUACUAAUACUGUAUGUAAUGACAGUAACAGGGAACCUUCUCAUCAUUUUUGCUGUUGUUUUUGACCACCACCUUCACACCCCCAUGUACUUCUUCCUGAUGAAUUUAGCCAUGCAGGACAUUGGUUCAGUUUCAGUCAUUAUCCCCAAAGCUAUUUUUAAUUCUCUUAUGAAUAUCAGAUAUAUUUCUUAUUCUGGUUGUGUUGCUCAAGUCCUCUUGUUCUUCUUUUUCCUGGGCUCUGAUAUUCCCCUCCUUACUGUCAUGGCCUAUGAUCGAUAUGUUGCCAUUUGUAAUCCAUUGCAAUAUGAAAUGAUAAUGAACAGGAAGGCCUGCACCAAAAUGAUUGGAAGUGUAUGGACUGCCAGCCUUCUCAAUGCUUCAUUACACAGUAUUGCCACUUUUAUUGCUCCUUUCUGCUCUAAUGUUAUCAAUCAGUUCUACUGUGAAAUCCCAUAUUUACUUAAGAUUGCCUGCUCUGGUUUAUAUGUAAGUGAAAUUGGAGUUCUACUCUUCAGUGCUACAUUAACAGCUGGCUGUUUUGCCUUUGUCAUUGUGACUUAUGUGCAUGCCUUCGCUGCCGUUCUGAGAAUUCCUUCUGUUCAAGGAAGAAAAAAGGCCUUCUCCACUUGUCUACCACACCUCAUUGUCUUCUCCUUAUUUGUGUUUGCUGGUGCCUUUGCUUAUCUAAGAGACAUAUCUGACAGUCCAUCAUUCCUUGACUUCAUAAUAACAGUAACAUAUUCCAUUAUUCCAGCUAUGCUGAAUCCAUUAAUCUACAGCAUGAGAAACAAGGACAUCAAAAUUGCUCUUUCCAGACUUUUGUGUCAAAGGUUAUUUUUUUAA